AUGGCGCAGCAUGUCCGCCGAGACAAACACCCCUCAGUCCCUCACGAGUGCCAGCAUUGCCAGGCCUUCCAGCUAUCCAGACCUAUUUGUCCGGUGGAUUUAAUUAAUUUGUUGGAGGUGAGGUUGCCUCACUCGGCGGCGCAAGGAGCUGUAGCUGUCCGUGACGGCUGCCCUCUAUUUCAGCUCUUCCCGACGAUCCCGUUGUACCAAACAUUCGAUCGCGCGGCCUUUGAGCCGUGGUUAAAACCGUAUAGGCUCUGCUACGAUAUUGAUGGCUUUAUCCUUCUUCGCUGCAUGGGGUGGAUGAACGACCCGGCCGCCGUGGACCUCCAAUUCAGGCCAAUAAACCCACGGGUAGAAUGCGAAGAAGUUUUCAACUUCAUCCGAAACGAGAUAAAAGAGUGUUACGAACUGCAUGUUCGAUCAGGCACUUGCCCGGCGGCCCGCAAUGACUAUGCACCCAGACGACUGAUUUGUGUUGAAGAUGACGGCGGACGCCCCUGUAUCAAACUAUGCGAUCCGACUCCGGGAGAAUGCAUUCGAUGGUACCAGCCAUAUAAGACCACUCGCGCCACCUUACACAAUCAAUAUCGAGGAAUCGACCUAGCACUGGUAUAUGCCCUGGAGAUCCCAUACAUCUGGAUAGAUUCGCUCUGCAUCGUGCAAGAUGAUGUCGUCACGAAAGCAGAGGAUAUCGCACAGAUGGCGAAUGUGUACUCGCACGCAUACAUCACAAUCUCGGCAUCGAGUUCUGCUGCUGCUUCUGAGGGCUUCCUGCAGGACAGACACAUCCCGAGGAGCAUGCAGCCGUUUGCACUUCGCUACACUUCUUCAACCGGUAUGGAGGGAAGGAUUCUUGUGACUGGCGAGCCGGCGUGGACGUUCCAGGAACGCGUCCUAUCUGAACGGCUAAUAGAGUUUUCGUCGACGCAGGUGCGCUGGAGAUGCCGAUCAAAGCAGAGCUGCGAGGCAGGGUUUCCGCCCAAAAGGCGUUAUGAGAAGUUCUUCCACGAUUCACUCAUACUUGCAGAUCUUGCUUCGUCAGCAGUGGAUGGGCAUGACUCGGUUAUUUCGCUAGGCGACUGGGCUGGCUUAGUGAAUUCUUUUACCAGGAGAGAGCUAUCUGACCCCGGCGACAAGUUACUGGCAUUCUCAGCUGUUCCAAGACUUUGGGAAUCAGACCUCCCGUUCAACCUUUGCUGGAGAGUUCAAAAUAUUUGGACUCCGCUCGGCGGCAGCCAAGAUACGCGGCAGCCUCGCCCUACAACGUAUCGUGCGCCAUCAUGGUCUUGGGCAUCUGUCGAUGGAACCAUUGAUUUUGAGAUACUUCGAGAAUCGUAUCGGUCGCACGUAAAAGCGGGAUCAAACGAAAAUGCGCCUUUUGGCGCGGUAAGGGCAGGAUACUUGGUUAUGCGCGGUUCUAUGAAACGGGCAACCUUAUACUAUAGUCGGGGAAAACUUCGAUUUAACGGCGUGAAUAACCAGAAGCCCAAAGAUGAAGCGAGGCCAUUUAGAUGGACGCAGGGAGGUCAUCUUGACGUCAAACUUCCGGGAGAAGAUGAGGCGGGCGACACCGCGCCGCUUCGCGUAUACGCCUUUGCAGUUCUGUAUGACCGGCAUAGCGUCGAAGGUUUACUUUUGGAUGAGGCUAAGGAUCACGUAGGCGCGUUUCGGCGUGUUGGGUGGUUUUGGUCGCACUUGACCUCCAGAGUGAAUUUUCUUGAAAGCGACCAAACCGUCAUCAGUGUUGUGUAG